AACCAUGACGACGGCCAUCCUGGAGCGCCUCAGCACCCUGUCGGUCAGCGGGCAGCAACUGUGCCGCCUGCCCAGGCUCCUGGAGGACGGGCUGCCCAAGAUGCCCCGCACGGUCCCUGAGACGGACGUGCCCCAGCUGUUCCGGGAGCCGUACAUCCGGGCCGGCUACCGGCCCACGGGCCACGGCUGGCGCUACUACUUUUUCAGCCUCUUCCAGAAGCACAACGAGGUGGUCAACGUGUGGACCCACCUGCUGGCGGCCCUGGCCGUGCUGCUCAGGUUCCGGGCCUUCGCGGCGGGCCAGGCCCUGGCCUGGGGCUCGGCCCGGGCCCUGCCCCUGCUCCUCUUCGUCCUGUCCUCCCUCACCUACCUCACCUGCAGCCUCCUGGCCCACCUGCUGCAGUCCAAGUCGGAGCUGUCUCACUACACUUUCUACUUCGUGGACUACGUGGGGGUGAGCGUGUACCAGUACGGCAGCGCCCUGGCCCACUUCUUCUACAGCGCCGACCAGGCCUGGUACGAGCGGUUCCGCCCGGUUUUCCUGCCGGCGGCCGCCUUCUGCGGCUGGCUGUCCUGCGCCGGCUGCUGCUACUCCAAGUACCGCUACAGGCGGCCCUACCCCGUCAUGCGCAAGCUCUGCCAAGUGGUCCCAGCGGGCCUGGCCUUCGUCCUGGACAUCAGCCCCGUGGCCCACCGGGUGGCCCUCUGCCACCUGGCCGGGUGCCAGGACCAGGCCGCCCGCUAUCACGCCCUCCAGAUCCUCUCUUUCCUGGUCAGCGCCUACUUCUUCUCCUGCCCGGUGCCCGAGAAGUACUUCCCGGGGUCCUGCGACAUCGUGGGGCACGGCCACCAGAUCUUCCACGCCUUCCUGGCCGUGUGCACCCUGUCGCAGCUGGAGGCCACCCUGCUGGACUUCCAGGGCCGGCAGGACAUCUUCGCCCAGCGCCACGGCCCCCUCUCCAUCUACGGGGCCGGCCUCUCCUUCUUCGUCCUGGCCGCCUGCAGUGCCGCCACCGCCGCCCUCUUGAGACGCAGGGUCAAGGACUCCUUGACCCAGAAGGACUCCUGAGGUGGGCCCGGCGCUACCUCCGGCAAGUCGGAGCCCGUGGCCCGGCUGUCUUGGGAAACGCCGAAGGGUUUCUUUCUUUGGGUUCUUCUUUUUAGCGACGUUUUCUCUCCGAGGGUGAGCUACCGGGAUGCCGUGAUGGUUUUUUUCCUUUUAGGCCCGAGGGCGGGACUGUCGCUGACGUGGGCCGUGCUCCGUCCCCCGUGGUGCCGUCGGGAGCGACCGUCGGACCUGACCGUCGGAUCAAGCGCGGCUCGGCUCAGCUCUUCCCCGAGUACCCGGCAACACAUCUUUCCUUGGGAAAGGCCGCUUUGGCCUGGACCGGCUCCGGAGGGAAGAGGCGGGAGGGACCGAGCCAAGGGCCGGUCCCCGGUGGGAGGGCAAGAGGAGCCAGUCGGGCGACUUGGGACAUCUGCAAGUCGGAGUCCGGAUUGGGAAACCUUUAACGGAGCGAACGGCUGAGAAUCCGCCGAUCUCCACUCCCUUCUUUUUCCCCUCCCUUUUGCUCUCUCAGAUCCGCUCCAAAUCCCCGACCCUUCCUCCCGGGAUGACUCGGCUGUCCACCUUUCCUCUUUAGUUGGACGGUCCCAGGCAACUUGCAGUCAGCGUCGCGGCCACGAUCAUUCCCCUUCCAGGGAGAGCUCGAGUCUAAAUAGAGACAUUCAGGACAGCCGUACCUCAUCACACCCCUUGAAAGCCCCCAGUUCCCUCCAAUGACAAGCACUACCAGCUCCCGACCAGUAUAUUCGUCUUAUAUUCUGGGGGAGUUGGGGAAGCUUGGUUUGGGUCUGUCACUUUUGGAUUCUUGGCUGUCCGCAGACCCUUAUCUUAGCUUCAUUUCCUUCGGGCCUGGAGGGUUGGGGGUGUUCCUCGUGCCUUAGAAAUACUAACAUAUUUAAGGGGUUUCCUUGCUCAGCCAUGGGACACCCUGGACUGCCAGGGGUGUUGGGAUCGGAGCGUGGGGGAAGAAAUGAAAAAAUCGUUCUGUUCUCCCAGCGGUUUGUAACCCGGAGGGGACUCCUUCUCCCUCCAUUAUAAUACCUGGACGCUUGCUGAUUCGCUUUUUCGCUGGGACCUCGGCUCUGCCUUUCCCGGGGCUUAGGGGAGCAGCUCCUCGGGCUGAACUCCAAGCCUUUGGGCCACUGUGCUACCUCCCCAAGGCAUCUCAGGGUCUCUAAAACACAAAUCCAGGUUUUCCGAGGGCACCUGAAUAGAUAAACGGGUCGGAGGGGUUGUCCAAGCCUUUUUUGCAAAGUUGGGGGUCCACCUUGGACUUCAAUAGCAGGGUGAGAUUGGAUGUGAGAAACGAUGUGAGUGGUGGGAAAAUGGAAAAGUCACUGGAUCAUCCCAGGUAUCUGGACAAAAAACUAAGGAGGUGGCUGUGGGUCCUAACUUUUGCCCAUCUCUAGGGGAUAGUGCAGAUGUAUUUUGGGAUGAAGAGUAGAAUGAGAAUUCAAGUGAUACUUAGGGAUCUCAAGGUGCCCACAACUGAACAGAAAUAGGGGGGAUUAAAUGCUUGUUCUCUCUCUUAAACUGUCAGCCCUAAGUGUCCAAACUGAUUUAGAACAGU